CGGAUUCUUCCUUCACAACUCAAAAGGGGUUUGUUCGUCCCAAUGGAAACCCAAAAAGAAAAAUGUUGUCAUUUGAAAAAAAAAAUAAAAAUAUUUUUGGACGGAGGAAAAAAUAAACAUUUAAAACAGUCAAUUAAAUUAUAAAGAAACUGAAAUGAAAUGUAGAAAGUUUUUGUGGGUUUCUGUGGGAAUAAAACACGUUUUUGACAAAAUUGGAUAGUGAAAAAUAAUAAAUAAAAUCCUAGUAUUAUGUGUCCAUCAAUCAUCAUGCGUGACGAGAUCCGUACCUUCCGGGAGAUAUGCAAUUCAUUAUUCCAAUCAAUCAAUAUAAGACUCCACUUUGGUCAAUUCAUUGCUCCACUAAUAAACCAGUUACUCUCACUUCUGAAACCCAAAAGCUGAAGCAGAAAAUGAAGACUGUCUGUGUUACUGGAGGUUCUGGAUUCAUUGCUUCAUGGGUUGUCAAGUUCUUGCUUCAGAAGGGUUAUACUGUCAAGGCCUCUGUUCGUAAUCCUGGUGAUCCGAAGAAGGUUGAACACUUGCUGGCUCUUGAUGGGGCUAAGGAAAGACUCCAUCUGUUCAAGGCAAAUCUAUUAGAAGAAGGUUCCUUUGAUGCUGAAAUUACUGGCUGUGACGGGGUUUUCCAUAUGGCAUCUCCUUUCUUCCAUAAUGUCGCUGAUCCUCAGGCUGAAUUGAUUGAUCCUGCUGUAAAUGGGACUCUGAACGUGCUUAGAUCAUGUGCCAAAUCACCUUCUGUUAAAAGGGUUGUAUUGACAUCCUCUAUAGCUGCAGUUGCCUUCAAUGGCAAGCCUCGUACGGCUGAUACAGUGAUCGAUGAGUCUUGGUGGAGUCUUCCCGAUUUGUGCCGCCAAAAUAGGAUGUGGUAUGUUCUCUCAAAGACAUUGGCUGAGGAAGAAGCCUGGAAGUUUGCAAAAGAGAAAGGCAUAGACCUGGUUACCAUAAAUCCAUUUAUGGUUAUUGGUCCUCUCCUGCAGCCUACACUGAACACAAGUGCUACUUAUAUUUUGAACUAUAUCAGUGGUAUGUUUUUCACUCCAAAAAAUACACAAUCUACCUGCUAUGAAGAUGUUCGCAUUUGAGGCAAAUUUGAAUAUCAAAUUUGGAAAAAACUCUAUCGUGCUUUCGAAUCAAUCUUCUGAUAGUUUUGGAGAUACACAGAUGUAGUAGAAGAAUGAAAAAUAGGUGAUGGAUAAGAAUGAUUUCCUCUUGCAUAUGCCUGUUGUUCGAAACACUGGUUGACUAGUCCAUAGACAGUUGAAGUGAUGGACUACUCUGAAACGUUUCCAAUAGCACUAACUUUGGUGCUACAUCCAUUGGCUAACAGAAUUUUAUAUAAUUUAAGAAUGAUUUUAAUAUGCCAUGUAGAAAUGAAUGUGAUAAAGUGUGGUGGUAGAAAUGUGAUCCUGUUAAGUAGUGGACUCAUUUUUAUCUUGAUUGUGCUUUUGGUCAGUACACUUUUAGCAUAGACAUUUGUAUAGUCUGUAUACUGUUGUUUACAUCUGUUUAGGGAAUAUCUUGAGACAAACAUUGCAUUCUGUAGUAUUUAAAUGUGUGUUGCUUUGGGUCGUGAUUUUAUCAAGGGAGUUUUCCAUGGUCCUCUGUUGUCCUUUUCAUCUGAAAGUUUGUAGUCGUUUAUAAUUUGAAUUAUAAAUAAACUGAUCAGGAUAAUAUCAUGAAAAGCGUACUUAUUUAGUAAAAUAAUUGCUGGUGACUUAGAUCCUUUUAUGGAUAAGCUUUUUUUUGUUGCUCCUAAUUUCUGUCUCAUUUCGUUUUAAAGAAUAAUAGUAUCAAUAUGAUACUUAUGUUUCUUUUCUUGCAUGUCCUGACACAUCAAGUUAUUGCUUCUAACAUAAUAUAGGUGCUGAAACAUAUCAAAAUGGAACAUCUGGCUGGGUUAAUGUGAAAGAUGUUGCCAAUGCCCAUAUUCUAGCUUUUGAAAAUCCAUCAGCCAAUGGGAGAUACUGUGUGGUUGAAAGUGUGGUGCACAACUCUAAAAUUGUGCAGCUAUUGCGUGAACUUUAUCCUUCCAUGAAACUUCCAGAGAAGUAAGUUGACCGUUGUGAUUUAGAUUUGGGAUCCAUUUAAUUCAACAAUUUAACUUGUGUGAUCUAUUUUUGAGGUUAUGGUGAUUCAUGUAUGUUUUUGUUUUACUUUCUUCCUUGUCUGAUAGGAUUGAAUAUGAAUAAUCUUCCUGACCUGUUAACACUCCACUUGCAUGCAUUUGAUUACGGAUACUCUGUAAUUGCCAAAAUAUGACUUCUUUCUUUUGCGUAUGUGGACUUCAAAGAUGCAGUUUUUAUGUCCAUUAGAGCAAUAUUUAGUGUCUGAACAGAUAUUGUCACAUUUAGUAUUCUUCUGGUCCGGUAUAUAAUGGAAAUCUCAAAUAUGUUGAAUCUUAUCUAUCACAUAAAUUAUGAGAAAAUGACCCUAAGGCUUCAGGAAUCUGUUGGAAAACUUUUUGCAUUGCUAAGUACAUAAAGUAGACGAGGAAAAGAUGCAGCAGUAGCUUUGCGGUAGCUUUGUUGAAACUUCAAAUUGAUUCUCUCUUAGCUUCUAUCUAUGUCAUCAUAAUUGUACAUCUGCAUUGGUUAUCCUGGUACUCUUUACAUUUUACAACAAAAUUAUGAUGGUAAUGCUAGUUCAUAUUAUGGAGGACUUAAGUAUGAAAUCCUUUUAAAUAGGACAAGUUGCUGCAAUAAUUGCUGCAAUAAUAGUUCCCUUAAGUUUUAAUAGCUAAGAUAAUGCUAGGUCUUACUAUGAUAAAAUCAAAUGUUGGCUACCUAAUGAGGAUCCCACCUGACAUUGAAUCCUUAACUAGUAUAUUAGAAGAAUACAAGGCAGAAAAAAGUGUCCGCACUUCGAGAAUGGGUUCUUGGAUAGUUAGGUCAUAGGUGUUUGUCAAAGACGAUAUAUUUGGUUGCUCACGAGUGAGCUUGGAUCUCGUUUUGUUUAUCUAUGUUCAUUUUGGUUGCUAAUUUACUUGUGAAACACUGCUAAGGAAGACGGAAGUAUCAUGUUUUAAUCUACAUUUGCAGCUUUGCUUGUGAAAUAUUUUCGUUGUCAUCCAGCUUCUAAUGCAAUUUUUGGGUCUAAUUAUGCUUAUAGGUGUGCUGAUAACCAGCCAUUUGCAGCAGAGUACAAGAUAUCCAACGAAAAGAUAAAAAGCUUAGGCCUCGAGUUCACUCCUCUUAAACAAAGCCUCAAGGAAACUGUUGAUAGCCUGAUCGAGAAGAAAUUUGCGAACCCUCCUGAUGCAAAGUGAUGUUGAUGUUGCGAAGUUUGGUGAGGUUUUAGCUUGGUACGAACGGCUCAUGAAUAAAUUGUUCUAAGACUUGUGUAUUGGGCAUCUAUAAUCACAUUUGAAUAAAUCUACUUAUCGCCACUGCUGUAGAUGGUGAUUGUAAUAUUUAGUGUGUAAUGGUUGUGUGACUAUUCUCCCGUGUUCAUCUAAAUCCUUUCUUCUGUUUCUCUCUGCUUUGUGUUUUCCUUAUCUGUGUUAUUACUGUUGAAUUUCAACGCGUAAAAUAAGUAUACCCGUUUGAAUAAACAGGAUUUUUUUUCCUACAAACUUAGCUCUUUAUAAGUUUUUUCUUCCACUUAUGGCCUCAAACAUCAAAAUCUUAAAGAUUGAAGCAUAAAUUGAAG